AUGGGUGUCAGCCUUCACAUAUGCUAUUUGCAGAUGACAUUUUUGUUUUCUUUAAUGGAUAAAAAAAAAUCAUUGGAGAAUUUAAUGGGGAUGUUAAUGGAUUACCAGAAUGCUUCAGGCCAAGUAAUAAACAAGAUGAAAAGUAAAUGUUUUGUUGGUGGAGUUACUGAAAGCAGAAAAAGAUUAAUAGCUGAGAGCUUACAAAUGGAACUUUCAGAAUUUCCUGACAAAUAUUUGGGAGUGAUUUUAUGUCCUGACAGAGUAAAAAGCUAUCAAGUAUGGGGUAUGAUGGUGAUAAUGCACAAAAUGUUAGAUGGCUGGAUGGGAAAAUUGUUAUCUUUUGCUGAUAAAUUAACCUUGGUGAAAUCUGUGUUAUGCAGUGUACCUGUCUACAACAUGUCUGUGUAUAAGUGGCCUAAGAAUGUCAUAAAAGAAUGUGAAAAAAUAGUAAGAAACUUAUUAUGGUCUGGAGAUCCUGCAGUUAAGAAGCUUAUCACAGUGAAAUUUGAAUAA